AUGAGCACUCAUAUCGCGAGCCUUUGGCGCAUGUUCUCAUGGAUACUCGGUAGAAACUCCAAUAGGCUUUCCUCCCCACACCACAAGACUGAUAGCAACAUGUCAUCCUACACGUGCACCGUGUCUGUGCAGGCUGGCAAGGCGCCGGAGGACGCCAAGGCACACCAUGUGAACGACAAGACCGGACGGCUUGUCUCUUUCCAGAAUCCAACCCCAUCUUAUGGAAUUUUCAGGGACAUGCCGUUGAUACAAGGCUUGUCAAUGUAUUUCCGCAACCGCUUCGCAGGUAGACUUCCCAAGCCAGACACAUCAAAUGUCAAGAUUCCCAUCGUCGAGCCAAGCUUUGCGGAAUCUCGCAUCGGUGGAGCUGGUCUCCACGCUACAUGGCUUGGCCAUGCGUCGUACCUCGUCGAGUUCCCAUCAGGGUUCCGCGCAAUAUUUGACCCUGUCUUCGAGGAGCGUUGGAGCUCGCUGGGGCCGAAACGUUUCACGCCAGCUGCCUGCCAGGCAAGUGAUAUUCCCGAGCUUGACGCCGUAUUCAUCAGCCACAACCACCACGACCACCUCUCACUCCCGAGCGUGAAGGAGCUUGCCGAGAGAUUUCCUAACUUGCACUUUUUCGUCGGCCACGGCCUGGCCAAGUGGUUUCGUGACAGCGGUAUCAGUGCAGUGACGGAGAUGGACUGGUGGGAUGACGCUGAGGUUGUCCUUCAAAAGCCACCAGGACUCAAAGUAGACGCCACUGGGGAAGAAGGAGACCAUGCUCCGCAACAGAUUCAAGCCCGUGUAUCGUGCCUGCCCAGCCAACAUGGAUCUUGGAGGUCUGCCUUCGACUAUGGACACUCCUUGUGGGCAUCCUGGGCUGUCAGUUCAGGCGGCAAAUCCGUAUGGUUCGCCGGCGAUACGGGUUACCGGUGUGUCCCCGAGGGUAUGGAGGAACUCGGACCAGGCUUCGAUGAGCUUCCCCAGAACCCACAAUUUGCGCAGAUUGGUGAGCUCCGAGGACCAUUUGAUGUGGGACUCAUUCCGAUCGGGGCUUACCACCCGCGUUUUAUGUAUAGCGGAGUUCAUGCCAGCCCAUAUGAUGCUGUUGAGAUCUUCCAGGAUACGAGAUGUAAGAAGGCUAUGGCUAUGCACUGGGGCACUUUUGCCCUGACCAGUGAGCCUGUGGAAGAGCCUCCGAUGAAGCUGAAGGAGGCCCUGAAGAUCAAGGGCUUGGCCCAGACUGGUAUCUUCGAUGUGUGUGCUGUGGGAGAGACUCGCGACUUCUGA